AUGGGUUUCCUGAAAGCGCUAGAUAGGCCAUACAUCAAUCCUUUCUACCACUCUCAAGAGGACGAAGAGCCCGAUGACGUCGUCAAAGAAGAAAAUGGAUUGACCUCAUCCGACAGUCCGAGUGAGCAGUCUCCAGAUUAUCAGGAAAGAUACCCUUACCAGGAAAGAUAUGGUCCUAAUAAAAAUUCCGCCUCUCGAACUGGUGCCGAGUCCGGUGCUGCAUACGAUGGUGAAAAAGUCGACCCCGACUACCAAGUUGGAGUUCAGAAAGCUGAGGGCGUCACUCUUGCUUGGAACAAGCGAGCUCUAUGGUUGACUUAUAUCUGCUCUGUAAUGAGUUCCAUCAUUGGAGGCGUGUUGCGUUUGCCGACUGCCAAAAUCAUUGACAUCUGGGGACGCGCCGAAGGGUUCUUUGUCAUGAUGUGCAUCACUAUCAUCGGAUUGAUCAUCUUCGCCGCCUCGAACAACGUUCAGACAUACGCCGCUGCUUCGGUCAUUUACUACAUUGGCUAUGAUGGCAUGUACUAUGUCAUGACCGUCUUCAUCGCCGACACCACCAGGUUGAAGCACAGAAUCCUCAUGCUGGCUAUCUCACAAACACCUUUCAUCUGUACCGCUUUUACCACUCCAUAUGCUGUCUCGAGUUUCGUCAAUGGAGCUGGCUGGAGGUGGGGAUAUGGAACAUUCGCCAUUGUCACUCCCGUGGCCUGCCUUCCCCUUUGCGGAGUCUUCCUUUACUAUCAGCGAAAAGCUGAAAAGAUGGGCCUUUACAAGAAAGCAGAAAGACCUGCUCGUGGCUGGUACCAAAGCAUUUCGCAUUACUGGGUGGAGUUCGACAUAGUCGGUGUCUUCUUGCUUGUUGCAGGAUUCGUUUUGUUCUUGCUACCAUUUUCUCUCGCGACUUCGGUUGCCGGGCAAUGGAAGAGUGCGAGCAUCAUAUCCAUGCUGGUCAUCGGCUUUGUCAUUCUCUGCUUGUUCCCUGCAUGGGAGCGCUUUGGUGCUAGUAAGCCUUUCCUGCCAUGGGAGAGACUCAAGGAUCGUACUGUGUUCGGUUCAGUUCUGUGUAUCUCCAGUCUUUACGCAGCCUUCUAUUGCUGGAACCUCUACUACUAUACAUUCAACCAGGUGGUUCUCAACCUCAAUACCACCGAUGCUACGUACAUGGGAGAGAUCUACACCGUAGGCUCUUGCUUCUUCGGCGUCAUCACUGGCAUUCUCGUCAAAUGGACCAAACGCUACAAGUGGAUCGCCCUCGUCUCUGUCCCACUCUACAUGAUCGGUACCGGCUUGAUGAUCUACUUCAGACAACCCGGCGUAGCCCCUAGAUACGUCGUCUGCGCACAGAUUUUUGUCGCAUACGCCGGCGGCACCCUGGUACCUUGCCAUCAGGUCGCUGCUCUCGCCGCAGGUACCCACGCAGACUUUGCGACUACCCUCGCCCUGCUGUACCUGGCUUCAUCCGUUGGUGGUGCUAUUGGCGAUUCCAUCGCUGGUGGUAUCUGGACGAACGUCUACCCUAAAGAACUGAAUAAGCGUCUGCCCGCCGAUGUCGCAACAUCGGUCUACACCAGCUAUCUCAGUGCGCUCAAGUAUCCUGCUGGCAGUACGACGAGAGAUGCAAUCGGCGUCGCAUUUGGUAUUGCUCAGAGAGAUAUGUGUAUUGCAGCUACCUCCAUCACCGCACUUACCUUUAUCGCUGUCUGGAUUUGGCGCGAUAUCAAUCUCGGCAACAAGAAGCAGAUCAAAGGUGUUGUUGUUUGA